AUGGUUAGUGACAAAGUCUCAGCUCCAACCCAAAGUCCACAUACCAUGGUUAAUGAAACAAAAUCUCAGCUCCAACCCAAAGUCGACAUACCAUGGUUAGUGACAAAGUCUCAGCUCCAACCCAAAGUCCACAUACCAUGGUUAGUGACAAAGUCUCAGCUCCAACCCAAAGUCCACAUACCAUGGUUAAUGAAACAAAAUCUCAGCUCCAACCCAAAGUCGACAUACCAUGCAAUAAUGAAGAUGAAUCCGGCUAGUCAAAUGCAGGUAUGUCACCCAUUUGCUCUCUCCACAGCCCUGAUUCUCCUAGGCAUGGAGUUCAUGAGUGAAUUUAUCCUCCUCUUUGGGAUGUUGGCCCAUUCUGCCGAGAGGGCUGCUCUCAAAUGUGGGCUUCUUCCCGCUGACUUCAUUUUCCUGUUGGAUUCUUCCGGAAGUGAGACAGCAGUUAACUUCCAGAAACAAGUUGAGUUCCUAAAGAACUUCACUUCUCGCUUCACUAUUGGCCCAAACAACACUCAGUUUUCUUCUGUCACCUUCUCAACUGGAGUACGGAAUGACUUCGAUCUUAAUGAAAAUCAGAACCAACAGGAGCUACAGAGUGCCAUCAACAAGAUUAGUUACAUGAAUGGAGAGACUGAAACACAUCUCGCUCUUAAUUUCGCCAAAACACAUAGUAUUGCAGUACAAUACGGUGGGAGACCCGGGGUCCAGAAGUACAUAGUAGUAAUGACGGACGGUAAAUCGAACGAGCCUAAUUUGACAGUGAACUACGCAAACGUACUCAAACAACAGCCUAACGUGACGAUCAUAGCUCUUGGGAUAGGCAGUGCCGUCGAUACCUCCGAACUACAGGCCAUAGCCACGGACAGCAAACACGUGUUCACCGUCAGUAACUUUGACCUUCUCAACGUUCUGGAAAAAGAACUGACAGACACCACAUGUACAGUGUGUGGCGAUGAGCCUGCUGACCUCGUGUUUCUAUUGGAUUCCUCUGGUAGCGAAGGUUCUCGCAAUUUUCAGCUGCAGCGUCAGUUCGUGUCCCUGGUGGUGAAUGAAUUUGAUAUAUCUGCGACAGGCACACAAGUAGGUCUAGGGACCUUCGCUACAACUGCCAGAACCCAAAUUAGCCUUCAGCAGUACCCGGAUAAAGCAUCUCUCUUGCGAGCGAUUGCACAUGUCUCUUACUCGGAUGGCGAGACAAGAACCGACCUUGGCUUACAGUUAGUUCAAAAUGACAUUUUCAGAAGUCAUGGACACCACCAUGUAGGCCCUAGAGCUGGUGCAAAGAGAUUCGUUGUUGUUUUAACAGACGGCAGAUCCAAUGAGGAGCAACUUACAGUGCGCGCAGCGGAAUCACUCAAGCAACAUGUUGAUGAAGUUUUCGCGAUUGGGAUCGGGAACGCCGUAGACAAACACGAAUUAAAUUCGAUAGCAACCAAUGAUGGACAGCAUGUUUUUAACGUAAAACAUUUCAACAACCUUGACAGUAUCCAUGGCAACAUUGUUAAGGAAAUUUGCGAACAUCGAAUUCCACCCCCGACCACAACUCCUAUUCCCACUACUGUUACUACAACACCUACUACAACCACCACAGUUAAACCAGAAUGUGGUCCAAAACCAGCUGACAUCGUUUUCGUUCUCGAUUCUUCAGAGAGUGAAAAACAGGAGAAUUUUACGAAGCAAAUAAAUUUUGUAUACAACUUUGCCAAACGAUUUGAAAUAGGUCCAGAUAAUGUCCAAUUCAGUACUGUGACCUUUUCAUCUGAAAUCAGGAACGACUUUUACCUCAACACCUACCAUCGCCGAAAUAACGUUCUUCAUGCUAUCCAAAACCUAAAAUACAUGGGUGCCGGAACCAACACGUCCCUUGCUUUAAAAUUCGUACGAGAGAACAGUUUCCUUCCGGCAAAUGGUGGACGGGAAAACGCUUCCCACAUUGUUAUUGUAAUCACCGACGGACAGUCCGCUGAUCCAACAAGCACCGCAAAGGAGGCUAACUCUCUCAAACACUCAGUGAACAAAGUAUUUGCUAUCGGUAUCGGUGAUCAGCUAGAUACUGCCGAACUCUCAACCAUAGCAUCUAACCACCAUCCCCUGACUGUCACCAACUUCGAUCUCUUACACACAAUUCAAGAAAGUCUUGAAAAUGCUGCAUUCAAGAACGGCACGUUUGUAGCAAAGGUGAACAGAUAUAACACGCCUGCGUCCUCGCCAAUCUGCCAGUGUUCCUUGGGCCUGCCCACAAGUUCCACCAUGUUCUUCCUCGUCCUUGUCGUCGCUCUUUGCGCUCAGCUCCAGUCGGUUUACUCCGCAGCUUCUAUAGUAUAUGGCUACAUAAAUGAACUUCUUUAUCGCAUAGAAUGUGGACUCCUCCCCGCCGACUUCAUUUUCCUGUUGGAUUCCUCCGGAAGUGAAACAUCUGUUAACUUCAAGAAACAAGUAGAUUUUCUGAGUAACUUUAGUUCACAGUUUACUAUUGGCCCAAAAAACACUCAGUUUGCCUCCAUCACCUUCUCAACCGGUGUACGCGGCGACUUCGACUUGGACGAAAAUGGGAACCAACAAGACCUACAAAAUGCCAUCAAACAUAUACAUUAUGUCAAUGGAGAAACUGCAACACAUCUGGCUCUUAACUACGCUAAGUCACAUACCAUAGCAGAACAGAAUGGGGGCCGUCCUGGUGUGCAGAAGUACGUUGUGGUAAUGACCGACGGGCGGUCUAACGAGCCACAAUUGACAGUGAACUAUGCCAACGCCCUCAAGCACCAGCCUAACGUGACGAUCAUAGCUCUUGGGAUAGGCAGUGCCGUCGAUAACUCCGAACUACAGGCCAUAGCUACGGACAGCAAACACGUGUUCACCGUCAGUAACUUUGACCUCCUUCACGUUCUAGAAAAGGAACUGGUAGACACAACAUGCACAUUGUGUGGAGACCAGCCGGCAGAUAUCGUGUUCCUUCUUGAUUCUUCUGGAAGUGAAGGAAACUCUAAUUUCCAGUUACAAAAGCAAUUUGUAUCUUCGGUAAUUAAUGAUUUUGAAAUUUCCCGAACCGACACACAGGUCGGAUUAGUAACAUUCUCUACAUCAGCAACGGCUGAGAUCCACUUGCAACAGUACAAUACUAAGCCAUCCCUCAUUCAUGCUGUGCAACAAGUUACCUACAAAAAUGGAGAAACACGGACGGACAUAGGACUCACCACUGUUGAGAGAAACAUCUUCCAUACUCAUCACAAUCAGGGACCACGUCAUGGAGCCAAACGUUUUGUGAUUGUCCUAACUGACGGUCGGUCUAAUGAAGAAGACUUAACAGCAAGGGCAGCCCAUUCUCUCAAACGACACGUUGACGAAGUUUUCGCUAUAGGAAUCGGACAUGCUGUGGACAGGGACGAGCUCAACAAUAUAGCAACAGAUGACCACCAUCACGUGUUCACCGCCGGCAAUUUCCAUGAUUUACUUAACCUCCAAGGAAACAUCGUCAAAGAGAUUUGUGAACAUCGUGUCGUUCCUCCAACUACAACUGCUCGCCCGACUACAAAACCCACUACAAAACCCACUACAGUCACAACAACUCCAACUACCACAACAACGGUCAAGCCAGAAUGUGGAGACAAACCAGCCGACAUCGUUUUUGUGCUGGAUUCCUCUGAAAGUGAAAAACAGGAGAAUUUUACGAAGCAAAUAAAUUUUGUAUACAACUUCGCCAAACGAUUUGAAAUAGGUCCAGAUAAUGUCCAAUUCAGUACUGUGACCUUUUCAUCUGAAAUCAGGAACGACUUUUACCUCAACACCUACCAUCGCCGAAAUGACGUUCUUCAUGCUAUCCAAAACCUAAAAUAUAUGGGAGCCGGAACCAACACAUCUCUGGCUUUAAAAUUCGUACGAGAGAACAGUUUCCUUCCGGCAAAUGGUGGACGGAAAAACGCUUCCCACAUUGUUAUUGUAAUCACCGACGGACAGUCCGCUGAUCCAACAAGCACCGCAAAGGAGGCUAACUCUCUCAAACACUCAGUGAACAAUGUAUUUGCUAUCGGUAUCGGUGAUAAGUUAGAUACUACCGAACUUUCAACCAUAGCAUCUAACCACCAUCCCCUGACUGUCACCAACUUCGAUCUCUUACACACAAUACAAGGAAGCCUUGAAAAUGCUGCAUGCAAUGACUAG